GUACCAUCAAACCUACAUCAUAUUGCACAAAAAUCUAGUAUCACUAAACUGGCUGAUCGGGUCGAUGCUGUGCGUAGAGUAACACAAAAUAUUUAUGAACAAGAAUAUCAACAAGCAUUAGUGAAAGUGAAAGAGAAAAUUCGUGAUACAGAAGGUCCUGAUAUGCGUGAAACAAUGCGAGAUCAAAUGCGUCAAUGGUUUAUUGAAUACAGAGAUGCAACUGGUCGAUUUCCUGACUAUCCAGAAGAAGGUGAAGGCGGUUCUGCUGCCAUAUUCAAAGAAAAGACACCAGAGGAAUUGGAAAGAGAAUUAAAAGAGAAAGAAGAGGCAAAUCAAAAGGGUAAAGGUAAAGACAAAGGCAAGGCUAAAAAGCCUUCACCUAAAAAAGAUGAUAAACAAAAGAAGAAGAAGAAAGGAGAGGAUGAACAAGAAUGUUUCAAGAUGUCACCUUCAGCAUUUCUCGGGGAUUUACAUGAAAGCUGUCAUAACUAUCAAGCAUUAUGGAAGAAUCGAGAUGAAUCAGAUAACUUUCAACAACAUCAUGAUGAAGAAAUUAUCAAGGAAGAAAAACGUGCUGAAGUGGAGGCGGAAAUACGACUUCAGGUUGAUGAAUUACUUCGUGAAGAAUUAAGAAAUUUAAAAAUGGCGAUUGAUAAAGAACGUGUCAAACGAGUGACUAAGAAAAGGUCAAAAAAGGGUAGAAAAAGUAAAAAAGGCAAAAGAAGACGAGAUAAAGAUAUCACACCAGAUAGAACACUUAUUUCCCUCUAUGAAGAAUUAGCAUUAGCUGGAAUCAUUAAAAAGGUUGAAAAAUGUUCAAUGAGUGAAUACUACGGGGAAUAUUCUUAUUUAGGCAUAACAUUAAGACAAGCUAAUAUUGAACCUCAAUCAUCGUUAAGUGAUGUACGCCGGCUAGUCACUGAAUAUGCCAUACUACCGUUAGGUUCACAAACUGUUCAUGAAAAAGCACCAUGGAUAAAAUCUUUGCUAUUAGCUGGACCAAGUGGAACAGGGAAACGUACACUAGUCAAUAUUAUAUGCACUGAAACUGGGGCUAAUUUAAUUGACUUAUCCGCUGAAAAUAUUAUUGAUAAAUAUCCUGGUAAAGAUGGUCUAAAGAUGUUGAUACAUCUUGUCUUUAAAGUUGGACGAUUACUUCAACCAACCGUGAUUCUGAUAAAUGAUUGUGAGAAAAUGUUUAAAAAGAAACUACCUAAAACUGAUCUAUCUGAUCCAAAACGUCUGAAAAAAGAAUUACCAAAAGCAAUGAAACUUUUAACACCAAGUGAUCGUGUCCUACUGAUCGGGUGUUCAUCAGCUCCAUUUGAAGCAGAUGUACGACCAUUUUGUAAUUUAUAUCAAAAGAUUAUUUUAAUACCAAGACCAGAUUAUUCUUCAAGAAACAUUAUCUGGAGAACACAGAUUUUUCGUCAUGGUGGUAUACUCACCGAAAACUUAGACAUUACAUCAUUAUCAAAAAUAUCUGAUGGUUAUACACCUGGUCAAAUAGCUCAAGCCUGUAGUCAAGUGGUUACAGAGAGGCGUAUAGCUCAGUUGGCUAGAAAGUGUUUAAAAGCAUCAGAGUUUAUUGGCGCUUUAGCACAAAUGGAACCAGUAUUCGCUGAUGAAGAAGAAGCCUAUAAGACAUGGUAUCGAAAAACUCCACUUGGUAAACAGAAAGCUUUAGCUAUUGAAGCUGAAAAAGAGGCUGCUGCGAGUGGUGGUAACAAGAAACCUGUUCGAGGCGGAAGGAAAUAAGAUAUUUGCCUACAGUAUAAGGUGAAAUAAAUGUUAACAUGAUUAAAUUUGACGUUUUAUUGAUCUGUUAAAUUGGUCCUUCUCUAUGUACCGUUUUGAACAAUAUGUUCAUACUGUCAAUUUUCUGUCAAUUUUCGAAUACAUAUCACCUUUUCUCUCUCUCUCUGCUCCUUAUAAUUUUGUUACUUAUCCAAGUUGACAAUUAGAAGCUUAUGUAAUCCAUUCUGCGAUUAGA